GGGGGAGGGCCCUCUUUGUGGCUGCUGUUGGCAAGAUGGCGCCGGUGGGGGUGGAAAAGAAGCUGCUGUUGGGCCCCAACGGGCCCGCGGUGGCGGCCGCCGGCGACCUGACUAGCGAGGAGGAAGAGGGCCAGAGUCUGUGGUCUUCGAUCUUGAGCGAAGUGUCUACCCGCGCCAGGUCCAAACUGCCGUCUGGCAAGAACAUCCUGGUUUUCGGUGAAGAUGGUUCUGGUAAAACAACCCUCAUGACUAAACUGCAAGGAGCUGAACAUGGUAAAAAAGGAAGAGGCCUGGAGUAUCUCUACCUCAGCGUCCAUGAUGAGGACCGAGAUGAUCACACACGCUGCAACGUGUGGAUCCUCGAUGGAGACCUGUACCACAAAGGCCUGCUGAAAUUUGCAGUGUCUGCAGAAUCCUUGCCGGAGACCUUGGUCAUUCUUGUUGCAGACAUGUCUAGGCCUUGGACUGUGAUGGAAUCUUUACAGAAAUGGGCUAGUGUUUUACGUGAGCACAUUGAUAAGAUGAAAAUUCCGCCAGAAGAAAUGAGGGAGCUGGAACGGAAGUUUGUGAAAGAUUUCCAAGACUAUAUCGAGCCUGAGGAAGGUUGUCAAGGUUCCCCGCAGAGAAGAGGCCCUCUGACUGCAGGCUCGGAUGAAGAGAGUGUUGCCUUGCCCCUGGGUGACAACGUGCUGACUCACAACCUGGGGAUCCCUGUGUUGGUGGUGUGCACAAAGUGUGAUGCAGUGAGCGUCCUGGAGAAGGAGCACGAUUACAGGGACGAGCACUUGGACUUCAUCCAGUCGCACCUGCGGAGGUUCUGCCUCCAGUAUGGCGCUGCCUUGAUUUACACAUCAGUGAAGGAAGAGAAGAAUCUCGACCUCUUGUAUAAGUACAUUGUGCACAGAACAUACGGGUUCCACUUCACCACACCUGCCCUAGUUGUGGAAAAGGAUGCAGUGUUUAUACCUGCAGGCUGGGAUAAUGAAAAGAAAAUAGCUAUUUUACAUGAAAACUUCACGACUGUGAAGCCAGAAGAUGCAUAUGAGGACUUUAUCGUGAAACCCCCUGUGAGAAAGCUGGUCCAUGACAAAGAGUUGGCAGCAGAGGAUGAGCAGGUGUUCCUGAUGAAGCAACAGUCACUCCUUGCCAAGCAGCCAGUCACGCCCACGAGAGCCUCCGAAUCCCCUGCAAGAGGACCCUCUGGCUCUCCAAGGACUCAAGGCCGGGGAGGGCCAGCCAGUGUGCCAAGUGCUUCCCCUGGCACGUCAGUGAAGAAGCCAGACCCAAACAUCAAAAAUAAUGCAGCAAGUGAAGGAGUGCUGGCCAGCUUCUUCAACAGUCUUCUGAGUAAAAAAACCGGUUCUCCUGGGAGUCCUGGUGCUGGUGGGGCACAGAGCACAGCCAAGAAGUCAGGACAAAAGACUGUGUUGUCAAAUGUUCAGGAAGAACUGGAUAGAAUGACUCGAAAACCAGACUCCAUGGUAACAAACUCUUCAACAGAAAAUGAAGCCUGAUCCUCCUUAAAAAGUGCAUCUGUCAAAUGACCAAAUAACUCUGUAUAUUGAUCUGCUAAGACCAGGAUUUUUCUGAUACGGCACAUGCUAUCAGUUUUUUGGGGCAGGGGAGAUGGACUCUAAACAAACAAACAAAAACUUGAUUGGCUUGUCCAGAUGUGAAAUGCACAUUGAGGAAAGUUGUAUGUCAGACCCUUUAUUAAGGAAAACCCUUGGACUCUUGGGUGUGUGGCUCUCUUGUGGUCAGUGAACGCAGCUGGGUUUCUUGUGGAGGGAACGUGAAGCGAGAGAGGGAGGGCCCAUUUCCUGUCAUGGUGGGGCAGAUGAGCCCAGGCAAUCAUUGAUCCGAGGGUGGGGAGUCUGACCAGUUGUGUGUUAGCAAAGUCACUUGUUCUUGGGAGGCAGAUUAAGUAGCAGAAGGUGCAAGAUAGAGAAUGACUGAAGAAGGAAGGAGAGAAGUGAUGACGGGGAAGCCGAACGUGAGGCCGGUGGGGGAAGCAGGAGGUGAGCAGUGUUAGCAAAUACUGUGUGUUCAGUAGAAGUCAAAUAAUCAUUGUUUAAGACUUAAAAUUAGAAGCAUUUCCAAACUAAACACUAAGCAAAUGGCAAUUAGGCUUGCUCUGGAAGCAUCUUUAACUUAAGAAGGAUGUGAUAAGCGUGGGGGCACCUGAGUCAGGUGGAGCUGACACGGCUGGGGGAGAUGGCAGCUGCCCGGGACCCACGUGCAUGGCCCAGGCCACGUCCUCGUGGGAGGUGCUGGGCUCCACGCAUGUGCAUCGUGGGGCAGACAGUCACUGCGGGGUGUGUGCAAAGUCAGCAGUUUAAGAAUUAAUUUUAACUUGCGUUUUCUAAAUAGCUCUUGCGUUUUUGUUUUUUGUUGCCGUUGUUUGUUUUAAGCUGCCACAGGCUGGCCUAUAAUAGAGAAUGGGUGUCACCCUCUCCUUUUGUCAACGCAGUGUGCUGCAGAAAGUCAGGGGAGGUUUCGCUUGUGACCACACUCCGGGUAAUCGGCUCGCACCAGUCCCUGCCUUACAGUCCAUAGGAACCUUCAGGGAGUUCCACGGAUGGAAAACGGUCUUGUUCUAGCUCCCUGGUCUGAUCAAUGCUAUCAGGUGGAUAAAUAAGUGUGAGUGUUUUAUACUGAAAAUGAAAGUUACUGAUUUUUUUUUGUAUUUUUCAUAACGUAGCAUUUUUUUCUUAUGGAAGUGAUACUUUUAGGUGUCUCCCUGUUUAGGGUAAAUUCAUGCACAUUGUCAUGUCACGCCACCAUUCUGUGAUGGAUUUUCUGUGGAUUAGAAAUGGCACUUUUAAUUUUAUGUAUGAUACAACAUUUGAAUGCAAACACUACCAUGAAUUUAAUGUAUGAAAUAUUUUGUUGUCAAACUAAGGGAGAAAACCACAGUUCACUUAUGUGGAGUUUACUUUUUUUAUAUGAAUGUUGUACUGUGUCUGAGCAUAACUUCCCUAACGUCAUUACUUUUACACACCCAGUUUGACUGACCACUGAUGUAGUGCUGGGCAUAACUGAAUAGCCUGUGUUACAUAACAAGACUUAAAACUGUCUUGAUUUGCUUUUGUAAAGGUCUGAACACUGUUAAGGAGAGAGUUGAGUAUUUACUUGCCUUUCUGACAAACAAAAACGUGUUUCUUGUGCCAGUUUUAUUGUUGAAAUAUACUAUUUUUUUCUUUUUAAUUGCUUUUUUAAAAAAAUAUUGUGGCUUCCAAUUACCAUGUUGUCUAGGUGAUGAUGCUGAAUUGUCGAAUGAUGGUAGUGGUGAAGUGACCAACAGAUGCCAAACAGCUCGUGGCCAUGCUAAAGGUGGGGGUCACUUAAUCCUUCCAUAGCAGCUGGGGGCAAAAAUGAGUGACCUCAGAAACAGGAAGGCAUUCUGGGAAAGGCACAUGCCUAAGAGAAAUACAGUAUGGUUUUAAAUUUUAAUACAGAAUUUUAAUUUCUGUUUAUUUUUUAUCCUUUGAACUGAUAAGCACUUUGUGUGUCAGUGUAAAAUGUACGACAGCUGAUGAAAAGGUUGCGACACCGGGCUUGGGCAGGAAGGCUUCUUGGAGACCACUUAACUGUUUCUCACAAGUGGGUGCUCCUUGGAUCAGAAGAAACUGACACAUAGUGUCACAUGCGCAGUGGUUGCCAAAGUCUACCAACUUUGGGGAGCUGCAGGGUUCUUUUUAGGGGGUGGGAGGAGGGGAGAUGAUUUUGUUACUUUGGGGUUUUCAAGCAUUGGAACCAAAGGCCAAAUAAUAGACAGCCUUUACUUUUUAAAGUAAAAUUCAUUUUAUUUGCAGAAUAUACUUGUAUGGUAGACUGUUAAAGAAAAUUUUAUGACUAUUUAUACACAUUAUAGUGAUUACAUCUGCUAUUUGUCUUUAAUAUGGAAAAAAAAUCAAAAAUAAGCCCAACCUUGAAGACAUGGCCAAGAUAAAGACCUAUGGAUUGGUCUUUUCUAAAAAUGCAACAGGUAUGCUGCUAGAUUGUUUUAUUUUGUUUGCACUUUUUUUUUGAUUGGCCUUUUUAAAACCAGUAUUUAAACUAAAGAUGUUGUGUUUUAUUAAUUUAACAGUUGAAAGUGACUGCUCUGUACAUCUUAACAAUGUUGAUGCUGUAAGUGAGCGUUCACUGUCAUCUAUAUACUAAGUUUAUUGGUGUUUUUAACUUAAAAUUAGGACUGCAGGUUUUCCCCCACCAGCUUCAGCCGAGGGGUGUGACUCUGGGUGCAGUAUGCAGUCAUGUGGAACCUUGCUUUCUAGUGCUUGGGGAAAAAAAGAUGUGUCUAAUAACUGGCUUCAAUAAACAUGAAUCCAGACUGCUUACAA